GGGUAUGAUGGGAUGGGCCGUCGCUCGCGGAGUUGAACUGCAAUCGACUUGCCCACCUCGUCCCAAGAAGGCCAGCACCUUGGGCCGCGAGAUUGCCGUCACCCUCAACACCUACAACCUCUUUGGCAUGCCCACCAAGACCGCUUAUCAGUAUGAUAUCACCAUUGUCAGCCAGAACCCAGCCAAGGGUACCACUGCCACUGAUCCUCCCAAGCGUGGUCUCGUCAAGAAGAUCUGGGAGUCCAAGGCUGUGAAGCAGGAGCUCGGCGAUGGCCAUAUGUGGCUUCACGAUGGCAAUAAGCUUGCUUGGUCAUCGUUCAAGCUUCCUCGCCCUGAGCAUCGCAUCCAAGUCGACCUUGAUCAGGAAGAGGGCCGCGCCAACGUUAAGAAGGGCAAGGAGAACCGUCACAAGAUCUUCGUUCGCUUCACCAAGGAUGUUGACUUCUCUGGCCUUCAAGCCUUUUUCGAGGGCCAGGCUCCUUGGUCCGAGGCCUGUAUCGACACCAUCAACUUCUUCGACCAUGCCAUGCGCGAGAACCCCUCCCAUCGCUACACGCAAAUUAAGAAGAACUUCUUCCAGCGUGGCGAGAAGCGCUUCGCCCUCGGCAAGGGCAUCGAAGCCUUCAAGGGAGUGUUCUCCUCCAUCCGACCUUCCCUCUUCGCCAACGGUGUUCGUGGCCUUUCUGUCAAUGUCGAUGUUGCCAAUGGAACCUUCUGGAUUGCGCAAGAUCUCGGCAAGGCCCUGCUGGAUGCCUUUGGUUGCUCGCAGGUCGCCCAGCUCCAGCAGAAGUUUGCCCAGGCCAAGGCCGGCAAGGAGGGUUUCGACGGGUCUCUUUUCAGGCGCGAUCUGAAGCGCUUCUCUAAGCUUCAUGUUGUUGACACCCAUCGUUCGGAAGUCGGCCAGUGGUGCAUUGACAAGUUCAUUGCCCAAGACUGCACGGAGAAGAAGUUCCAGCUGGGCGAUAAGAAUGGCGAGAAAGGAGAGUGGAUCACCAUUUUCGACUACUUCAAGAAGACGUACAACAUCACCUGCACCCGCGGCAUUCCUCUUGUGAAGAUGACCAAGGGAAAGGAGACUUACUUGCCUGUCGACGUUCUCCGUAUUGAAGCAAACCAGCGCUACAACUCUAAGCUGGACGAGGGACAGACCUCCAACAUGAUCAAGUUUGCUGUCACCUAUCCCAAGGAGCGCUGGGCUGCUGUUGAAGCCGGGGUCAAGCUUCUCGACUGGCAGAAUGACCCUUACCUUGCCCACUAUAAUGUCAAGAUCAACCCACACCCUGUUGAGGUCAAGGCUCGUCUCUUGCCAUGCCCGGAUGUUACGAUGACUGGAGGUUCGAUCAAGGCUGGAGCUGGCCCAGCGAAGGGACGCUGGCGCAUUGACAAGAUGAAGUUCCUCACCCCCAACACCCAGCCUCUUCGGUCUUGGGGUAUUUGCGUCAUUGGCGGUCCGCGUUCCCUUCCGCCUGAUGCGGCCAAGAAGUUUGCUCAGCUCCUUAUUACAACCUACAAGGGCCACGGCGGCAAGUUCGGACAGGGCGGCGAGGACCCUUGGAUCGGCCCCGGCAAUCUCGCCCAGGGCGGCGAGAUGAUCAACUCCGUCUGGCAGGCAACUGGCAACAAGUUCACUGCUCGGCCUCAGCUUCUGGUCUUCAUUGUUAAUGACAAGAACAUCGAUGUCUAUCGUCGUAUCAAGAAGUCGUGCGACUGCCGCUUUGGUGUUGUUUCUCAGGUUCUUCAGUCAGCUCAGUGCGUUAAGCUCGACUCCCAGUACGCCUCCAAUGUCUGCAUGAAGAUUAACGCCAAGCUGGGUGGAUCGACCUCCAGGGCCACUGGAACUGCCCUCGCCCGAGUGAAUCCCAAGUUUGCGACAACUUCGAUGAUGUGCGUUGGAGCCGAUGUCUCUCAUCCCGCUCCCGGAUCCGGUUCUUCUGAGGCUGCGUCCUUUGCCGCGAUUACCGUCUCUCAGGAUUCGCACUUUGCUCGCUACACUGCCGAAUGCAACACCAACGGUCGCCGCCUCGAGAUGAUCACCACUCAGAACAUCGACACUCAUUUCAAAAACCAGGCCAAGACCUGGAUCAUGAACUGCGGCAAGGGCAACCCUCCCAAGCGCAUCUUGUACGUUCGUGAUGGUGUCUCUGAGGGUCAGUACCAGUAUGUCCUUGAGCAGGAGGUCAAGGACAUGAAGGCUGUCAUGAAGGAAGUCGCUCCCGGAUCUGACUGCAAGUUCACUGUUGUUAUUGCAGGCAAGCGCCAUCACAUCCGCUUCUUCCCCAAGGCUGGCACUGGAGACCAGCGCACCGGAAACGCCAUGCCCGGCACUCUCGUCGAGAACGGCUGCACCCACCCCUUUGAAUGGGACUUCUACCUUUGCGCUCAUGCCGCCAUUAAGGGUACUGCUCGCCCGAUCCACUACCAGGUCAUCUUGAACGAGGGUGAUUUCGGCGGGGAGGAGCUUCAGCAGUUUAUUUUCGAGCAGUCCUUCCAGUAUGCUCGCUCCACGACUCCGGUUUCCCUCUUCCCGGCUGUGUACUAUGCCCAUCUGGCUGCCGACCGUGCACGAGCCCACGAGAACACUACUCCGGUUUCUUCGGGCAAGAAGGGAGACAAGAAGGGCGAAGACGGCAAGACCGAGACUUCUGGCAGCUCCAACACCGGCAAGCCGUCCACUGAGGUCAACCCACUUGUCCCUCUCAACAUCUCUGGCGGCAUCCAGAACGUCAUGUGGUUCAUCUAGAUGGACCAUGACAAGCCCUCUUCGUCUCUCGAGGCAAGGUUUUUGAGGAUAGCUGGGUAAAAGUCUUUGGCGGAUAUGGUUCUGGUAUGGGUUUUUCAACCAGAUAGUUGAGGUUCAUAGUUAAACUCCUCAUUAGGAGUACCAGAAAUAAAAUGAUUUGAUCAAA